GUCCCGCCCCCGCAGCUCGGCGCUGAUGCUCCGGCCGUGCCGGGGCUCCUCGCCUCCCCAUGGACCGCAAGGCUGCCCUGCGGCUCCUGCUGCUGCUCGCCUGCGCCGGGCUCGGCCGCUCCGAGGAGAAAAGCCCCGGGAACAGUUCACAUGAAUUUUCAGAUCAAAAUUCUCUCCAGACAAAUGGUCAGCGUUACCAUGGUCAUGUGAAGCCAAAGUUUAAUGUCAAUCAGGUGUCAAUUGCACAGUGGGAAGGGGCAGCCUGGCGGCCGUUCCCCCACGGCCCCUCCAGCCCCCUGAACGUCACCAUCAACGGCACCCCCUGCAUCCUGUUCUGGGCCAAGAGGAUCUGGAUCAGGCUGCAGAACCACACCCAGCUGGACCUGACAGAGAGGACAUUUGGAGCCCACGCCACCGUGGAUGUCGGGGACUCGAACUGCAGCGAGGACAGCGCCGUGCUUUCCCUGAAGUUUGGUGACAUUGGCAAUCUAAAGGGACUUGUUAUCAGGCUCCUGCUAACCACCAGCUACUACCAGCUGUCUGUGCAGAGCUGGUUCAGCUUGCAGAGGCUGCAGCUGCUGUACAACCACUCGGUGCAGGCGACGUUCACGGCCCCGGGGAUCCGCGCGCCCGCCACCUCCUCCUUCCACUGCCAGCACCUCAGCAGCCUGCACAGACACGAUGCUCUGCUGGUGCCCAGCUCUGAAAACGACCUCUCCCACCUCUGGGAGGUCACCUUCAUCGACUUCCAGAUCCAGGGUUUUAACGUCCAGGAAGGACAUUUUGCCUACGCCAGAGACUGUGCAUCCUUCUUCUCCCCAGCAAUCCUGAUGGGGUUGGUGAUGUCCCUGGUGCUGCUGCUGGUCCUGGCCUAUGCCCUGCACAUGCUCAUCCACCUGAAAUCCCUGGACAGGCACUACGAGUGCAAAGCUUCCCCUGCCUAUUUUGCACAGAUGAAGGACAGUGACAUGGGGGAUGAGAAGGAGCCACUGAGGAGCAGUGGAAGUGAGUCCUAUGAACUCAGGAACCAGCAGUUUGGUAAAAUCUAUAUUUAGCAGCACCUAUUUAUCUCAGUGGAACGAGGUGUUUUCUCCUGCUGGCACUGUUGUAACAUAGUCUGUGCAGGUUUUUUUACCAGGUGAUGAAAGGAAAAGUAGGAAACAGAUUGUUUAGCCAGUUAUAAUCAUCUCAAUGAUGCCUUGGGAAAGAAGGUGAGAAAAAAAAUUUCUCCAUUGUGAGUAAGAUGUUCAUGUUGUGGGGCAGAAUCCUGUAGCAAAAAAAAUCAAAAUGCAUAGCUCUGCAUCCAAGUCUUGAAGAGAGAAUCUGUAAUGGACACUUUG